AUGUCGUCGCUUGCAGGCUUCCAGAUCCGUCCUUCUGCUGAUGGCAACCCGUACCACCAAACAAUCCUCUUCUCCCACGACUACCGUCCUGCUGAGCCAGCUUAUCUCAAGUCUCGCUCAAAACAUCCAGAUGAAUAUUCAAUUGCUCUUCUAGAUGCCUAUAUUCCAGAUAUAAUAUUCGCGCAGGUUGUAGCCAAGCCGACCAUAUCCACGCCUUCGCUUUCGCUUGACGAAAUCCGUCGACAGAACAACGGCGGCUCUCCAAAUCUACCGACAAUUACUCUACCAACUUCCUUUACGAUCCAACUUUACAAUCCGGAAUCUCAGGUUAUAGUUCACCACAAAUCUUCGAAAUGGACCGGAUCAUACUGGGAGUUCACACUGCCACGCCGUUCGUUCCGCCAGCCAACCGGCUCUCGCCUUGACGCCGAAUUAGCCCGAAACAACGCCCUCCCUCCGACUGAUGUAUCCACCUUCCGUUGGCGCAAAGACGGUGGUGUGGUUUCCAAAACGUCAUUACGAUGCACAAUGCUUUCUCCGGCAUCAAAUUCGGGCGAUAAAAAUGCUAAGAAAAAGGGUGGUAGCGAACCCGACAUAACUGUUGCGAUUAUGGACAAACUCAAGGACGUCACAAUAUACCAACCAAGUUUGCAGCGUGUAGAUGUUGAAGAUAAAAAGGGCUUGGAAGUUGCUUUACUAUUGACCGCGACUGUUAUCGCGGAUAUCUAUUUCACACCACCAAGCACCAGUUUCAAUGUUGGAAUUCAGACGGCUGUCUCUCCCAAUAAUGGUCCAAACGUUAGGCCACAGAGACCUCUGCCAACUGCUGUCCCUACCCCGGUUGGAUUUAGUGCCGAUACUGGUAGGAGGAGAAGCAGCAGCAUAAGUCCAAUUACCGGCACUCCACCGACUUAUACGCUUAUAAAAACUCCAACACCACCAAACAAUGCUCCGACUGUAGUCAAUAACAACGUACUCCGCGACACAGCUACCCUACAGCGGCAACAGGCAAUUGAGGACCGUCGCCGCCUCGAGGAAGAAAAGAAGCGUCAGAGAGAAGCCGCACUCGAAGAGAAGAGGAUUCGUAAGAUGUUAGAGAAGGAAGAGGCUGACAGACGUAAAGAGGAGGCGAGAGUGAAUGCCGAGACUGAAAGAUUGAAAAAACAAUAUGGUAGUGAUGCAGCCGCUUGGGAUCGACUGAGGAGAGAUCAGGAUAAUUCACAAAAUUAUGGCUAUUACGGCCAUCAGAGGAACCAAUCGGUACCUCAACCACCUAGCUCCUAUAAUCAGCGACCUCCGGUUAUUGUGGAACCCACGAGUACUUCACCCAAUCAACCAGCACCGAAUGGUAGGAGGUGGAGUCAGCAACUGCCCCCACGACAGCCGUUAUACCCAGUCCCAGAGUCUCAACAGGCGAGACCACCACAAAAUGGUCAGCAUUUGAGCCCUGACGGUCCACCGUCGAGCUUCCAACAACCACAGAAACAGCCCAAGAAGAAGUCCAGCGGAUUCCUUGGCAUUUUUGGUGGCGGGAAUAGCUCCGGAAACGGGUUGGCGAAGAAGAAAAGCAGUUUCUUCUGA